UGGCUGAUACGGCGGAACCGAGCCUCACAUCCGAAGGAGCCAGGCUACUGACAGCUCUCAGUAUUUUAGCCCCCUGCUUCCUGCCCCUGCACCAUGAAAAUCCUGCUUUGUGACCUCCUGCUGCUCAGCCUCUUCUCCAGCGUGUCCAGCAGCUGCCAGAAGGACUGUCUGACCUGCAGAGAGAAGCUCCGCCCAGCUCUUGACAGCUUCAACCUUGAGGUGUGCAUCCUUGAGUGUGAAGGCAAGGUCUUCAGCAGCCCUCUCUGGACUCCAUGCACCAAGGUCAUGGCCAGGGGCUCCUGGCAGCUCAGCCCUGCUGACCCAGAGCACGUGGCAGCAGCCCUUUACCAGCCAAGCGCCUCCUCCGAGAUACAACUGAAGCGAAUGCCUCGCAUCAGGAGCCUAAUCCAAGCCCAGAAAGGGACAGAGCCCGGCAUGGAUGAGACUGGAGAAAUGGAGCAGAAGCAGCUGCAAAAGAGGUUUGGGGGCUUCACUGGAGCCCGGAAGUCGGCCCGGAAGUUGGCCAACCAGAAGCGGUUCAGUGAGUUCAUGAGGCAGUACCUGGUCCUGAGCUUGCAGUCCAGCCAGCGCCGGCGCACUCUGCAUCAGAAUGGUGUCCGGGUGAUCCCCAAAACAGCAUGUCUCCAGCCCCAGACCUGCCGGCUGGGAAUCGGGAUUCCUUCUUCCCCAAGACACUGAGGCAAGCUUUGCCUCCAGGUCUCCACCCCAGGGUGGAGACCCUCCCAGUCUGUCUUUCCCUCCCCACUCCCCCACCCCGCCCCCAUGGCAUGUUUCAUGAUAAUCUUGUUGCUACAUCAGAGUGUAUUUUUGUAAUUCCUCCAGCUAACAUAUUGACAGCCCCAUCUUUCCUUCUCACU